AUGGCGUCCCCGGCUUUGCAUCAGCGCAAUGCAUCUAGAUCUUCACGGCCCCGCAGCUCAACACGCGGUCCUUUAGAUGUAUCAGAUGACCCACUUUCACUCUCGUCAUUAUCCAUCUCCCCUAGUGCCGAUAAACAUCCCUUAUCUCAAACCGACGGCUUCUCCGGGUCCUCCUUCCACGAUCUAGACCCGCUGGCUCCAGACGAUCUGCCAGAAACUCUAGGCAAAGAUCUCUCAUUCCUCUUGCGCAAUAACAUAUUCCAUCCUCUCUCGCAGGUUGAUAUUCCUUCACCACUCCGCUCGGAAUUUGUUGUCCUCAACCCUGGCGAACCCCUUUCAUCCUCACUUGGUCUCCUGGAGAAGCUACUCUCAGAAGGUCGCUUCCUAGUCGCCGCACAUUUCGCCAGCUCCAUCUUAACAUCCUCCUUAAUUUCACCGACUGAUAUCAAGGUGAUAUUCUCAUUGUUUUACACGCGCCUGGCUUGCCUGGAAUUGUCUGGCAACACGGUACUCGCAGCCCAGGAGUCCAAGGCUCUGGAGGAUCUCAAUUCCACAUUUUACUACAUCGACUCCAGUUUGGACGACACUGAGGCUGAGAAACAGCACGAGAAAGUUCAUACAGACUUUCCUCGCCACAUUGUGCCAUGGCCACUUCGAGUGCUAGCGGUGCGGCUUCAAAGCAUUGGAUUUGGGGACUCCCGAAGAAGUAUUGGUGGCUUGUAUGAGAUCGGGUUGGAAGCACGAAGCCAAAUCAUGAGGAAUGAUUGCAGCGACAGCGAACGGAAGAUUUGGAGAGAGAGGCUGGCGGAUCUUGGAAUCCGAAGCGUUAAUGCUCUGGUGGAAAUGGGAGACCUGGAUGCAGCGAAGCGAUCACUCGAGUCUCUCCGGGCUUCUGAGGAUACAGAGGCCAUGAAAUUAAGAAAGUCGCUUCUUUUCUUGCGAAUAGGUGACCUCGAUGCCGCAGAGCGAGUUUUCGGGGAUUCUCGCGAGUCGAAGGAGGCGGCUCUCUUGAAGCCACUUCUGAGCAUGUCGGAGGGUCGCUAUCAAGACGCAGUGACCGAGUGGCGAGCCCUUCACGAAGAUACGCAAAGGACAGAUAAGGCUCUAGUAGGUCAAAAUCUGGCCGUGUGUCUUCUUUACUCUGGGAAGCUGGACGAGGCGCGCCAACUCUUAGAGGACCAGGUUUCCGCCCACCAUUCGUUUGGCAGCCUAAUUUUCAACCUCUCAACCGUCUAUGAGCUCUGCUCCGACAGUGCUGGGACAUUGAAGGGAAAAUUGGCUGCAACCAUCGCAGAGCAACCAGUAUCCGGCCAGACCAAUUUAGACCGGCCUAACACUGACUUUAAGCUAUGA